CACACAAACAGGAGGAAUACCAAGACUAGCACAACUCAGUGUAGUGGAAAUCCCAGUGGAAUAGAAGAAAGAGACUCAUGCUGCUGAAAAGAGAAGGAGUUGGCAGGUGGAGUUUGGCUCUUGGAAGAAGCCAGCAUGAAAGCUUGUUGAGGGACUGGAAGAUGGGAAAUUGAAAGACACCAAUAAUUCAAAAUAUACAGCACAAGAAUUUGAGGCCCAAAAAGCAUACAAGUGAUUCUAAGUGACAGGAUUCCCUCAGUAUGCUCAGCUUUUUGAAGAACACUGAUGAUCUCAAACAAUUGUGCUUCAAUGAAGCUGGAAGUUCAUUUUCAAUGCGAGCAGAAUGAAGACCCAGAAGAGGAAGAGCAUUGUAUCAUCAGCAACCAGUGGGUCUCUCAGAGAUGAAGUAAGCACUAGUGGGCUUCUCUGACAUGCUGGCCCCACCGAGUCCUGUUCUGCCAGUGACCUCCAGCUGUGAGAGUGUCUUCACUGAGCUUAGUGUCACCUCCUUGCCAGCCAUCACUGUGAGCCUAUCUGCAUCCCAACCCACAGACCUACCCUUGAUAGAUCAUGUCUCCACUUCUAGUGACCAAACCCACGGCCAAGACGGUUUUCAGAAAAAAGCCAAGAAACACCGUUCCCGUAGUUUCCUCAAGCACCUUGAAUCUCUAAGGCGAAAGGAAAAGGGUGGCAUUCGGCAAGCAGAAUCCAAGUGUAGCCCAGCUAUCUUGGAAAAGGCAACCAAAUCCUCCUCUUUCCAUAAUUGCCAUGGCUUCCUCUCAGCUGGAUUUCAUAAGGCCAAGAACCGGGCAGCCACUUUAACUGGUGGCAAUGGCCAUGAGACUAAGAGAGUCUGGGGCACCUGGUCUGUGGCUACAUUCCAGCAUCCUCAACAGGCAAACCAAAGUGGCUGCCUAGUGCAGGUACCCAGGGACCACAAACCAGGAACAUUCCCUCGCUCCCUCUCCAUUGAGAGUAUAUGUCUUGAUGAGAGACACUACCUUAGACAUUGGCAGCCAGGUAGGCACUGUGACUAUGAAGGACGUCGAGGCUCCUGUGACUCCACAGGUAGCCAUGCCAGCAUCUACGACAACUUACCUGAGCUGUGUACUGCCAAACCUGCACUGUUGGGGACCGAAGGGGAACAUGAAGAGGCUGUGGGCAGCUACACUCACUUAGAUGACAUUCUUCAGCAUGUAUGGGCGCUUCAGCAAUGCAUACAGAUUUGGUCACAGGCCAUGUGCCCAGAUCUGAGGUCUGGAGAUACGGAAGAAAAACAUGAGGAAGAAGAAGCCACUUCAUCAACAGAAAUCACCACAGUUGAGGUCAAAGGCCUAGAUCAGACUGUGGUCCAGGUGGAGGCUCUGGAUCACAGAGAAUCCUUUGUUCUGGAUCAGGACAUUGUGAAAGCAGUAAUCCUGGAUCAAGCCCCAGUUGAGGCUGAAUUUCAAACACAGACAGAGCCUGAAUAUGGUGACCAGGUGCAGGAUAAGGGGCAGGAGGUGAUUUCAUGUGGGGAACCAACUUCUGCCUCCAGCCUAUCUAUGGAAGAGGGACAUUCCAUUUCUGAUACUGUGGCUUCCUCGAGUGAACUGGACAGCAGUAGAAACUCCAUGAAUGAGACUGAAGCUGCAGGGUCCCUGGCUGGUAUUCAGGCAUCAGUACCUCAUGAACGGCGAGAUUCAGGUGUUGGGGCUUCACUUACCAGACCCUGCAGGAAGCUCCGUUGGCACAGUUUCCAAAACUCUCAUCGUCCCAGCCUCAACUCAGAGUCUCUAGAGAUUAACCGGCAGUUUGCAGGCCAGAUCCACCUCCUUCACAAGGGCUCUCUGCUACGGCUCACUGCUUUCAUGGAGAAAUACACAGUCCCUCACAAACAGGGCUGGGUCUGGUCAGUGCCCAAGUUCAUGAAGAGGCACAAAAUUCCAGACUACAGGGGCCGAUAUGUGUUUGGGGUUCCACCACUGAUCCAUGUGCAGCGCACAGGCCAACCUUUGCCUCAGAGCAUUCAACAAGCCAUGCAUUACUUGCGUAGUCAGUGCCUUGACCAGGUGGGCAUCUUCCGAAAGUCUGGGGUGAAGUCCAGGAUCCAGAACCUACGCCAAAUGAAUGAGACCUCCCCUGACCAUGUCUGCUAUGAGGGUCAGUCAGCCUAUGAUGUGGCUGACCUACUAAAGCAGUAUUUCCGGGACCUGCCUGAGCCUAUUUUCACCAGCAAGCUCACCACCACUUUCCUGAAUAUCUACCAGUUCCUUCCCAAGGAUCAGUGGUUGGCAGCAGUGCAAGCUGCCACCUUGCUGCUCCCUGAUGAGAACCGAGAGGUGCUACAGACCCUGCUCUACUUCCUAAGUGACAUUGCCUCUGCAGAGACAAACCAGAUGACAGCUGGGAACCUAGCAGUGUGCCUGGCGCCAUCCAUCUUCCACCUCAACUUUUCAAAAAAGGAUAACUCCUCAGCCAGAAUAAAGAACAAACGAAGCCUGGUUGGUCGUCCAGAUCCCAGUGAUAUGAGUGAGAACAUGGCUGCCACUCAGGGUUUAUCACACAUGAUCAGUGACUGCAAGAAACUUUUCCAGGUUCCCCAGGAUAUGGUGCUGCAACUUUGUGGCUCCUACAGUGCAGCUGAGCUUAGGCCUCCAGGGCCAGCCCUGGCUGAGUUGCGGCAGGCACGUGCUGCUGGAAUAAGUCUGAGUCUCUACAUGGAGGAGAGUAUCCAGGAACUGCUACAUGAUGCUGCUGAGUGCUUCAAGGGCUGGAUAAGCAUUCCAGGGCCCCAGAACACAGAUCUGGCCUGUAGGAUGGCACCAGAUGGGCACCCCCUGCGUGUGUGGAAGGCAUCCACAGAGGUGGCAGCUCCCCCAGCUGAGGUGCUACACCGUGUCCUACGGGAGCGGGCCCUCUGGGAUGAGGACCUGCUGCGGGCUCAGGUGCUGGAAGCCUUGAUGCCAGGUGUGGAAUUGUACCACUAUGUCACUGAUAGCAUGGCACCCCAUCCCUGUCGUGACUUUGUGGUGCUCCGAAUGUGGCGCUCUGAUCUGCCUCGUGGGGGUUGCCUGCUGGUUUCCCAGUCCCUGGAUCCUGAUCAACCUGUGCCAGAGUCAGGGGUACGGGCCCUGAUGCUGAUUUCCCAGUACCUCAUGGAGCCUUGUGGCCUGGGCCACUCCAGACUCACUCAUAUCUGUCGUGCUGACCUCAGAGGCCGUUCUCCUGACUGGUACAACAAAGUCUUUGGGCACCUGUGUGCCAUGGAAGUGGCAAAGAUCCGGGACUCCUUCCUCACCCUUCAGGCUGCUGACCCUGAGAAAAAUCCGUGAGCCUUAGCCUGGCACCAGGCAUUUUUUGGCUCCUACUUUUACCAUAUAAGAGAGGCCUAGGAACAGAGUCAGGUCUACACAACCCCCGCUGCCUGUCCACCUUAGUUCCUAUGGAUCCUUUGCCAUAAAAUGGAGAAGAGAAUUUCAAUAUAUCCUCGCCACUCCAGCUGUAUCUCCCCCCGCCACGCGUUGUUCAUCCUCCUGAGAGGGGGGGAUGGAUUUCUCCGCUGCUGCUAAACACUGAGGGUUUUCCCACAUGCAUAGAAAAGAGAGGGAGAGAACACUUGUACUUCUAGCUUUUUGUCAUACCAGGAAGCCACAACAUCAUGUUUUAGUGUUGUGGUUCCUUUGACAGGAGAUUCUGGUCACUCCUUUGAGCCCAACUUUGGGUCUGAACUGCCUUUUCCAGAAGAGUUGGCCUGGAGAAGAUGGGGAUGGGGUGCAGACCACACAUUAAGUCACCCACAAACUGUUCCAUUUUUAUAAAUAUUCUAGGCUUACUUACUGAGUGGGUACUAAUGUGCUCCUUGGAGCUGACAUGACAAUUUGAGAUUGUGAUCUCAGAGUGGGGACCCUUCCUUUCUCACAUCUGAAGACACUGACAAACUAGUCCCUUGCCUGACUGGGGCUCUAUAUUUUUUCUGACACCCCCUGAGGUCCCAUAAAGCCUUAGACCAUGCAUUGCCAUCUUUGGAGAGUAAACAGAAAGGCUCUCAUAGUGCAGAAACAAACGCAGUUAUGAUGACAAGAAGACACAUUUUUGUGUCUUCAUCUUCUUUCUUGCUUAUCCUGUUCUUGAUAGCAGGUUGAUAUUAAGUUUUCUUCUUUUCUUCAAGCAAAUACCCGACCCCUGGCACAUAAAGCUGACCAGCUAGAUAGAAAAAUCUAGUAACAUUUCAGUCAGAAGAUCAAAUCUGAUCUAUCCCACUCAGUUGUCAUCUUCAUUCAUAUGGAAAUUCAAGGUGUUUUAGCAACCUUUAGGCUGAAAACUAGAGUGGGGUGCGUUCUAGAAGACUUUGUGAUUUUUUUGACCUGUUAUAUUUGUACAUGUUAUGUGCUAUAUAGUACAGUAAGUAGGGCAUUUGUCUUGUAAGCGGCUGACCCAGGUUCAAUUUUUCCGUCCUUCUCGGAGAGCCCGGCAAGCUACCGAGUAUCCCGCCUGCAUGGCAGAGCCUGGCAAGCUAAAGGUAUGCCAAUAACAGUAACAACAAUUUUCACAAUGGAGACGUUACUGGUUUCACGCUUGAGCAAAUCGAUGAACAAUGGGACGACAGUAUACAGACAGCAUAUUUGUACAUAUAUUGUACAGCCAGUAUGCAUGUAGAGAUAAAAAUAUAUAUUCAUAUGUGCACUCAUACAUUAUCUCAUAAAUGUAUAUAAUCUGUGGGUGGGUGGG